ACCAAUCAGAAUUGAGGAUUAUGCUUCGACAACAAACAAAAGAUCGAGUUUACCCGAGGAGAUUUGUCGGUGUCCAUCUAGCUAGCUAGACAGUUUGUUUCCUUUGAUUAUACGAGAUCAGUCUGCUUAUUCGAAACGUCAACUCGUCCCAAAAUGCUGUACUGUAGCAUUAUCUAGUUAACGUAUUAGCUUUUGUCGUUGAAUUCGAGGUUACCCUGAUUUCUGUGUCAGCUAGGCUAGCUACAAGCUAAUGUCAGCCACAAAAAGCAAGCCAUCAUAGCCAACUAGCUCGCAAGCUACUUGUUUGUGGCUAGUGCUUUAGCCAGCUAGCAAUUGAGCUAGCCGAGCUAACGUUGGCAACUAGUGAGGGGUAACUUAGCUAGCUAAUUUUAUAGUUAGCUUGUUGAGAUUAAUUGUUGUAGUGGCUGAUAAGCCAUUAAGAUUUAGAACAGGUUAAUAGCCAUGUCUGGACAGUCAUCGGGCUGUGGGUUUCUUAUGUCGGUUGUUGUUCACGGAGACUCGACUCUGAACGAGCAGGAAAAGGAGCUCAACCAGCGACUCCGACGGCUUUAUCCAGCAGUAAAUGAAAAUGAGACCCCACUUCCUCGAUCAUGGAGUCCCAAGGACAAGUUCAGUUAUAUUGGCCUAUCACAGAACAAUCUCCGAGUGCAUUAUAAAGGUCAUGGAAAGACCCCUAAAGACGCAGCGUCAGUGCGGGCCACACACCCCAUCCCUGCCGCGUGUGGCGUAUACUACUUUGAGGUGAAGAUCAUCAGCAAAGGCCGAGAUGGGUACAUGGGUAUCGGUCUCUCAGCUCAAGGUGUCAACAUGAACAGACUCCCUGGUUGGGACAAGCACUCAUAUGGUUACCACGGAGACGAUGGCCACUCAUUCUGCUCUUCUGGUACUGGGCAACCUUACGGGCCCACAUUCACAACGGGCGAUGUGAUUGGCUGCUGUGUCAACCUCAUCAACAACACAUGUUUCUACACAAAGAAUGGCCACAGCUUGGGAAUCGCUUUUACUGAUCUACCACCCAACCUGUAUCCCACUGUGGGACUACAGACCCCAGGGGAAGUGGUGGAUGCUAACUUUGGCCAGCACCCUUUUGUGUUCGACAUUGAGGACUACAUGCGCGAGUGGAGGACUAAAAUCCAGGCCCAAAUCGACAGGUUUCCUAUUGGAGAACGGGAGGGAGAGUGGCAGUCCAUGAUCCAGAAAAUGGUGGCGUCCUACUUGGUCCAUCACAGCUAUUGUGCCACAGCUGAAGCCUUCGCCAAAUCCACUGACCAGGCUGUGCACGAGGAGCUGGCCUCCAUCAAAAACAGGCAGAAAAUCCAGAAGCUGGUGCUGUCAGGCAGAAUGGGAGAGGCCAUCGAGACGACCCAACAGCUCUACCCCAGUCUUCUGGAGAGGAACCCUGACCUCAUGUUCAUGUUGAAAGUGAGACAGUUUAUAGAGAUGGUAAACGGGACAGACAGUGAGGUGAGGUGUUUGGGUGGACGGAGCCCCAAGUCCCAGGACAGCUACACAGGUUCACCCCGCAACUUCAGUAGUCCCAGCCACAAAGCCAGUGGCUCUCAGGCCUACCUCACAGGGUCCGACAGCAACUGCUGCAAUGGAGUGACCUCCAGUAAGACCCACCCAUCCCCCUCCCAUUACAGCCACAAGCCCUGCACCCCGGGACCCGCCCUCCCCGCAGCAGAGGUCAGCCUCAAUGGCAGCAGCAGCCAACCCCUCAACACCAGUACUGAUGUGGACAUGGAAGAGGAUCAUUUCAGUAAUGGAGUGACCGAGUCAUCCUCUAACGGCUUCCUCAACGGCAGCUCCAAACACGGAGCCGAGCCAGAGGACUGCGACGCAGACAUGGAGGUGGAGUCCACCCAGUCCAAGAGGCAACUGUGUGGGGGGAGCCAGGCAGCCAUCGAGAGGAUGAUUCACUUUGGCCGGGAGCUCCAGAGCAUGAGCGAGCACCUGCGUCGCGAGUGUGGCAAAAACUCUGCCAACAAGAAGAUGCUCAAGGAUGCGUUCAGCCUGCUGGCUUACUCUGACCCCUGGGGCAGCCCUGUGGGAUAUCAGCUUGAUUCAAUCCAGAGAGAGCCGGUUUGCUCCACCCUCAACAGUGCAAUAUUAGAGACUCAUAACCUUCCCAAGCAACCCCCUCUGGCCCAGGCUGUGGGCCAGGCCGCCCAAUGCCUGUCAAUCAUGGCGCGCUCCGGCAGCGGUUCCUGCGCCUUCGCCUCCGUGGACGAUUACUUGCACUAGUUGCAACACGCGCGCGCACACACACACAUACAUAUAUACACACACACAAACAAAGGUCUGUUUAGUUAAAAACUCUCUUAGCUCCUAGACCCUUGUGUAUGCUUAAAGGACCAAAUAGGUGUGAUGAGAGCUCCACCUUUUUCUCUGAUGGACCGAGGUGAAAUGCUUCCCACUUGUCCAGUCCUCGCAAGCUACAGAGGUCAAGCGUGUAGGAGCUGGUGGCCGACUAGACAGUCUUAGGACACACGAAUACACGCCGCUCACCCCCCCAUCAACUUAAAUCUCAAUCCCCAUAUUUUGGCUAGCUGUGCUAGGUUGCAUACAGGCUUCACAAGACUCCUAAACCAUUUGGUUGACUGCAGAGAGACUAGCCAUAAGUAGCCAUCAAGCAAGCGAACUUGAUCUGCUCAAACACGGAUCGUCUUUGUGGGGUAGGGUUAGGGCUAACCCCCUUUCUCUUUUCUCACUUUAGAGACCAUGCCAAUCUCGGUCUAAACACCCCCCCCCCCCCAUUGUCAUACUUCUAUUUGCCAUUGGUUCACAAACUUGAGAUUGUGCUGAUGGCAGGGGUGGGGGGCAAUACAACCACAGACAAAAAACAGUGCUCUGGUACAUGUUGUUGUGUCCUCCAGGGCUAAUUAAAUGCAUAAUAUUUGGCUCCCUAGCGGCUAGUCAACAACUACUUAUCCUAAAUAUCAGAGAUUGCAACGUAUGUAGACGUGAACUUUGAAGAAGCCAGCGGGAAACUACAGUCUCCUUUUUCUCCUUUUGUUUUUAAUCUUGUUUAUAUUUUUGGGGUAAAGUGUGGAAAAGAAGAGUAAAGUGAGGGCGACUAGGCUCUGGUUCUGUAUCCUGGUUUACACAGCAUGGUGCAAAUUAUUAUUUUGACCUGCUUAUACAGUAUAUUUGUUGAGUGCCGGUAAGAGUGAAAUCCACCAAAUAAUAAAGGUCCCAAUCCCACCAAUCCUUGA